AGCCGAGGAGCACCUGCACGACGACUUUUAUUCCUCCUCUUCCCGGAGACUAAAACUUUUCUUUGACUUUGGGCGCUAUUUGCCCAACUUUUGUUGUUGUUGUUGGUACUUUGCGGCGAGAGCGCGCAGCUGUCCCGGGUCAGCCAUGUACAACAUGAUGGAGACUGAGAUCAAGUCCCCGCUGCCCCCUCCGCCCAACUCUGGCUCGGCUCCGGGCUCGAAGGGUGGCGGCGGCGGCGGAGUGAGCGACCAGGAGCGCGUCAAGCGCCCCAUGAACGCCUUCAUGGUGUGGUCCCGGGGCCAGCGGCGUAAGAUGGCCCAGGAGAACCCCAAGAUGCACAACUCCGAGAUCAGCAAGCGUCUCGGCGCCGACUGGAAGCUGCUGACGGACGCCGAGAAACGGCCGUUCAUCGACGAGGCCAAGCGGCUGCGCGCCAUGCACAUGAAGGAGCACCCAGAUUACAAGUACCGACCGCGCCGGAAGACCAAGACCCUGCUGAAGAAAGACAAGUACUCGCUGUCCGGUGGGCUCCUGGCACCGGGGGGCGCGGCGGUGACCAACCCGGUGCAGGUGGGCCAGCGCAUGGACAGCUACGCGCACAUGAACGGCUGGAGCAACGGCGCCUACUCGCUGAUGCAGGAGCAGCUGGCAUACCCGCAACACCACGGCAUGAGCGGCCCGCAGAUGCACCGCUACGACAUGGCCUCGCUGCAGUAUCCCAUGAUGAGCACGGCGCAGAGCUACAUGAGCGCGGCCUCCACGUACAGCAUGUCCCCGGCGGCGUACGGCACGCCGCAGGCCGCCGUGGUCAGCGCCGCCGCCGCCGCUGCAGCCGCCGGCGGGGCUGCGGGGAACCCCAACCCGCCCAUGGUGGGCCUGGGCUCCAUGUGCAAGAGCGAGCCCAGCUCGCCGCCGCCCGCCAUCACGUCGCACUCCCAGCGGGCGUGUUUGGGGGACCUGAGGGACAUGAUCAGCAUGUACCUGCCGCCCGGCGGGGACAGCGCGGAGCACUCGGCCCUGCAGGGCAGCCGGUUACACAGCGUGCACCCCCACUACCAGAGCGCCGGGACGGGCGUCAAUGGGACACUUCCGCUCACGCACAUCUGAGUGAGUCGCGCGCGCUCAUGAGAAAAUUUAGACUUUUCCCAAUUCAAAAACAAACUACAAAAAAAAAAGUACUUGGAUACUUGAACUUUGGUUGCCGUGAAGCGAGGGUGUCAAACUCGAGGCCUGGGGGCCAUGUCCGGCCUGUAAAGUAAAUAAAACGUUGACUUGGACCUGCACUGAAAUUUCCUUUUCCCUCCCUUGAACUGGUUUUGCAAAUGUUUAUUUUGACCAAAUCACUUCCUCUUAUGACCCAAGCAACACACCCCUUUAAACUGCUGUUAAAAAUACAUCAAUGUGGGGCAGUUUUAAAGGAUAACUAAAAAAAAAACCCUGCUCAUUUCAAAUUUGUAUGGUUAAAAAAAAUAGCAGCAAUUGUGUAUAUGUAAAAAUACAACGAAGUGAUCAUACUUUUACGUGGCCUGCAGCAAAAGUGAGUUUGACACACCUGAAGGGAAAAAAAAUCACUUUUCGCACACGCAAUAUUUUUUUGGCUCUUGUGCCGUUUUGGACUGACAUGGAGUCCACCAGAGAAAAUCGUAUUGCGAAAAAAAAAGAGGAAAGACAGUUUUUUAUGAUCACGAGUUUAAGCAAUCAAAGUGAUGGAAAAGAAUUUGACUUCUAUAUAUUAAAUGAUGCCACAUUUUCAUCUGUGCGUGAAAAGGCAAGUGGCCUCGUGAAGAGGCCGUUUUAUUUCAGACAAAAAAAUGUUUACACUUCGUUUGUAGAAUGUCAGCUGUCCAAACUUGUAGUCCUUUUCCGUUUUUUCCCCCUGUCAUCCCACAAGCCCCCCCCCUUUUUUUUUUUAGUUUGAAAUGAAAUAUUAAGACUGUGCUGGUCGCAAGCGCAAGUUUUAUUUAUAGUUCCUUUUCUCCUCUUAGCUUUUGAGCCCAAUGUUUUGAAGUGGAGCAUACGUUCAUAAUUUGUUUUGUACGUUUCUGUGAUGGUUAGUGUCUUGUGUUUUUUUGUCUUUUUUGGGCAGUGUCAAAUUCACUCAUUCUCUGCAGUGAGUUUUUUUUUAAUUUAAACUGACCUUUCUACAUAUUUUAAGACCAUCCUCUAUGCUCAAAUGCUGAAUAAAUUUGUAUGAAACA